AUGCCGAGAUUCAAGGCGGAGCCCAGCCCGGAGAGCGACGCAGCCUGGCGUGCCCUUUCCAUGGGUCACAGCCUUAUUGAGCUCAAAAAGAGUGAGGCACAAGCAAUGAACGUUGAGGACGGGUUGCCUACCACCAAUCCCGACACCGAGCUUUACGGUGUGAGUUGGACGCACCAGUUGCACUGCUUGGAGAUGAUCAGACAGGGCUUCUGGGAUGUAUUCAGGCGGCGACACAAGUUUUUAGAUCCGUCUUCAUUCAUGCCGCCAAAAGAAAAUGGGUCGGACGCGGAAGCUCAUUAUCUCGACCACUUGCAGCACUGUUUUGACUAUCUGCAGCAAGCUAUCAUCUGCGCAGGCGACAUGACGCUCGAAGGGCGUGCAAGAGAGAGCGUGGAAGAAAGUUCGCCACACAUCAAUGGGUACGAGGCUGUACAUAAGUGCAGAGAUAUGUGA